UUGAGCCCUGGAGUACUCCUAGCGGAGAAGACUUCCCCUGUGCCGUGCAGCUUGUUGAUCAGAGAGUUUCAGGCAGACAUGGGGCCAGCCACUGCACGGCGUAGAAAUAGUAGUAGAAGCCCGGGCUGAGCCGUGUCAGCGUCGGCGACGUGCUCGACUGCUAGCUUCGCUCGGCGCCGGCGUAAAGCUGAGCGCGCGCCCGGCCCCGCGCACGAAGGCGCCGGCGCCGCCCUGCCCGUACGAGCCCGCCGGGGGGAAAGCUAGUGGGGGCGCGGCGCUUCGUCCUGGAGUGGCGGCGGCGUUGUACGCUAGCUGGUAAUCGGCGGGCUAUGAGUUGGUCUCCUUGGCGAGCGCGUUUGUUGCCUUCCCGCUCGGUGUGAUUCUUGGGGCCGGGACCCGGCCGGGAGCGCGCUGCAAGCAGGGGGAAUCUUUCACGGGCUGGUGCGCCGGCGGCCUCUGCGACCCACGCGUCAGUUUGGCCGGCCUAAUCCCUCGCCUGCGCGUCCGCCCUAUCGCCGCCGCCGCUAGUGUGGAAUUUUGGCGGUUGGAGACUGAUCGCUGCAUGCAGAGAGGCGCAGCAGAGUUUUCUGCGAGAGUUCCUCCUCCGGUCGUCGCCGUAAACUUCGCCGUUUUCCUGCACUGGAGCCUAGGAGAAUCAUAGCGGCAUGGGUCGUGUUAUGAGAUGGCUCAAGAAGUUACUGACAGGCCGGAAGGAAGCACACAAAGGCCUCAAGGAGAGCCACGCUUUGAGCGACGGAGCCGGGGCGGACAAGGAGAAGAGGAGGUGGAGCUUUGCAAAGCACAGGAAGAGCGGGGUUGACAGCGGCAGGCGGCCACCGGAGGCCGCCGCCGCCGCCGCCGUCGCCGCGGUAGCAGCAGAGCCUUCAGAGGUGAGGCGGCCGUGCCAUUGCGGCGAGGUGGAAAAUGCCAGAGCUUGGCGGGAGAAGGCCGCCAUCGUGAUUCAGAAAGCUUACAGGGGCUACCUGGCUAGGAAAGCCCUUCGCGCUCUCAAGUCACUCGUCAAGCUGCAAGCUCUCGUCCGUGGCUACCUUGUGAGGAAGCAAGCUGCCACGACCCUGCACAGGCUGCAGGCGCUCAUGCGGCUGCAAGCCUCUUCCCGCGCCGCCACGCGAGCUUCCUACCGGAAAUCCAUGGAGCAGGAAAGGGUCUCUGUGGAGGAAACCCGGUUGAAGCCGACGGCGCCGGGGCACCGGCGGAGGCUCUCCGACAGCGCGGACUCCAACUACGAGCGAAGCCCGCGGAUCGUCGAGAUGGACACGUGCCACCUCCGUUCUCGGUCGUCCCGGAUAACCAGCCGGCACUCCCGCGAUCACUCGUCUGACUGCCUCGCCCUCGCCCAGGCGCCCACCCCGCCGCCGUUGUCGCGCUCCUCGUCGAUGUCCAUCAAGCAGCCCCCGCGCCUGUCGAUCCAAAGGAGCCACCACCAGCGCGAGCCCGACUCCCGGCACGCCAAGACGGCGCACAACACACCCCGCCUCGGCGCCCCGCCGUACGGCAGCUCGCCCGCCAAGAGCGUCGACGGCAUGGCGCGGCGGCUCUCGCACCGGGACGGUGCGCUCGUCAGCCCGCGCUACAUGGCCGGCACGGUCUCGUCCGCGGCGCGGACGCGGUGCCAGAGCGCGCCCAGGCAGCGGCAGGGCGCCGAGGCGCCGGCGAGGGCGAGCCUGACACGUGCCGGGCCGAGGAGGUCGUGCUCACGGACGACGCAGGACAGCGGCUUCUGCUUCGAGUGCUCCGAAGACUCCCGCCCUGACUACUCCGGGGAGCUCAGCGACGAGGCGGCCAGAGAUUACUACCUGGACAGAAUGUGGUGACCAGAUGCAAGACUGAUUUGCCGUGGAUGCAUGUUACUCUUGCGCUUAAAUCUAGAGUCUCCAGAAUUUUGUACAUACUGUCCAAAGUGCUUAUUAGGUCCAGGGCAUAAGUAAUGUCACAAGUUUGAAUCAUUAGAUGUUUUAUGGCAUAGGAUGUCACAAAUCUCAAAACACAACGACCUCAUUCAGAAAUUGUACUCAUAAUAUACAACUUAUUCCUCGCAAAAAAGGUGUUUACCUAGAGUACAUCCUCGUUUCAGCUA